AUGGGUAAAUGGCGAUAUGGUGUCAUCCUGGACGCGGGUUCGUCAGGAACUCGAGUUCACAUCUAUAGAUGGCUUAACAGUGCCAAAGCAUUACAUAAUCCCGACGCCCUCACCCUACAAAGUUUACCCAAGCUAGAAACCAACAAGAAAUGGACGAAGAAGAUUAAGCCAGGUGUAUCGACGUUCGGCGAAAGGCCUCAAGAUGUUGGCCCAGAACAUUUACAACAGCUCCUCGACCACGCUCUCGAUAUCGUCCCGAAAAAUCAAGUGUCCGAUACGCCAAUCUUCUUAAUGGCAACAGCUGGUAUGCGAUUAUUACCUCAAGUUCAACAGAAUGUACUUCUAUCCGAGAUUUGCGCCUAUGCUCAAAAACAUACAAAGUUCGACUUACCAGAUUGUGGUUUACACAUCCAAGUUAUCCCCGGUGAAACAGAAGGACUGUAUGGAUGGAUCGCUGCAAAUUAUCUACUCGGAGGUUUCGAUACACCAGAAGAACAUGCCCAUGGCAAGGGACACCAUACAUAUGGAUUCUUAGAUAUGGGUGGAGCGUCAGCGCAGAUUGCAUUUGCGCCCAAUACUACCGAGGCCGCAAAACAUGCAAAUGACCUCAAGUUAUUACGGAUGCGGACUAUGAAUGGACAACCCGCAGAAUAUAAAGUUUUCACUACAACAUGGUUAGGAUUUGGUGUCAACCAAGCUAGACAUCGCUACGUCGAAAGCUUAAUGGAUGCUUCUUAUACCAAGGAUACUAAAGAACUGCUCGAUCCUUGUCUUCCAGCUGGCCUAAAAACAACAUUAGAUGGGGAUGUGGUUGACGACUUGAAACUGGCAGGAAAAGACCCAAUCUUAUUAGGUACCGGUCGGUUCGAUCAAUGCUUAGCAGCGACAUAUCCCUUAUUGGAUAAGGAUGCCCCUUGUGCUGACCAACCUUGCUUGCUUCACGGGCAACAUGUUCCCGCGAUCGAUUUUGAUGUCAACCAUUUCGUUGGAGUUUCUGAGUAUUGGCAUACAACUCAUGAGGUUUUUGAAAUGUCACACAAAGAUAGAGCCUAUGAUUUCACAAAAUAUCAAGCUUUGGUAAAAGAGUUCUGUAGUGAGGAAUGGGACGACAUUGAGAAAGAGGUUAAGAAGAAGAAAUGGGGAAAGAAGGUAGAUGCCAAGACAGCGCAAGAAGUUUGCUUCAAAGCUUCAUGGCUAAUGAAUGUUCUUCACGAUGGAAUUGGAGUACCGAGAGUCGGAUUGGAGAAGCCAGGACCAAAUUACAAUGCGACGAAGGAAAUGCUGCUUCACUCGAAAGGCAAAGGUUUCUUGGAUCCAUUUCAAGCAGUCGACAAGAUCGAUGGAGUAGAAGUCAGUUGGACAUUGGGAAAGAUGGUAUUGUAUGCAUCUGGUCAAGUUCCUCCAGCAAGUGAGGAUGCCUUACCAGUCGGCUUUGGUAGCAAUACUUUGGGAGUCCCUACAGACUUUCAAUUGGCUGGUUCUAAUGCAAAUCCCAUACCUCAAGACGAUGAAGAUUGGUCUGAUGCAGCCGAUGAUCUCAUUGAAAAGGCACAUUCUCGAUCCACUCCCGGGCUUCUUUUAUUCCUCUUUAUUUUGGUACUCUUUGCUUAUCUAUUCCGCAAGAGAGAUAAAAGACUUCGGUUAUAUAGGGGUGUCAAUACAAUUUUACGUCGGAACCGUCGACCGGGUAGCCCAAAGAAAGGUUCUCGUGGUUUCUUCGGCACAGGGAAGUUAUUCGGAUCUCGAGGCUCCACUAGUUACGAACGCGUAUUGGAAGAUGGUGAUGCCGCUGCUGAGUUCGAAUUGGGUGACGUUGAUUCAUCCGAAGAAAACGACAAUUCGGAUGGAAGUGAAGGAUCUCGAGUAGGAAGAUCUUCUGGAUUAGCAACGCCGAAAUUGAAUGUGGUUAAUUUUGAAGCGGCCAAUUAUUUCGAUAAUAAUUCGCAGCAUGGCCAAUGUGUUGGCCUUGGAUUGGGAACCGGCAUGCCAAAUGCAUGGAGUAGAAGUGGUCUGGUAGUCAGAACGGAAAGUCGGGAAAGAUUAGCUCCUACUUUGCAUUCUUUAGGUGCAGGAAGAAGAAGCAGAACGGGCAGUCCGACGAGGAAAAGCCCUCUAAUGACACCGCUUGAAGAGUCAUGA